AUGGAUUCUCUUGUUUCGAAAUAUAGCCGACCAGCAUAUGAGCAGAAUGAGCCUUUUGAGGACCAGGAUGAGCUGCUAAAUUCCAUGGGUGAUCUCUCGCUCAAGUUUGCCAUGCCCCCCGUUGCUCAGCCCUCAUCAUGGCUUCGCGCUGCCACUGAUGAUCGAUCAAACCCCAACUGCCCCAUUAAGAUCGCCCACGGAACCACCACGCUCGCUUUCCGUUUCCAGGGCGGCAUCAUCGUUGCGACCGACUCCCGAGCCACCGCCGGCAACUGGAUCGCCUCGCAAACCGUAAAGAAGGUUAUUGAGAUCAACAGCGUCCUGCUAGGAACCAUGGCUGGUGGUGCUGCAGACUGUCAGUACUGGCUUGCCUGGCUCGGCAUGCAGUGUCGCCUCCAUGAGCUACGACACAAGCGUCGCAUCAGCGUUGCCGCCGCCAGCAAGAUCCUCGCCAACCUCGUCUACAGUUACAAGGGAAUGGGCCUCAGCAUGGGCACCAUGUGCGCCGGUGUCACCAAGGAGGAAGGCCCUGCUCUCUACUAUGUCGACAGCGACGGUACUCGCUUGGCGGGCAACCUCUUCUGCGUUGGCUCGGGUCAAACAUUCGCGUAUGGUGUUCUCGAUGCCGAGUACAAGUACGAUCUGUCGGAUGAGGAGGCUCUGGAGCUUGGAAAGCGAAGUAUUUUGGCCGCCACCCACCGAGAUGCUUACUCCGGUGGUUACAUCAACCUGUACCACGUUAAGGAAGAGGGCUGGGUGAAGCACGGCUUCAACGACACCAACCCCAUUUUCUGGAAGACCAAGCUUGAGAAGGGCGAGUUUACCAACGUGACAAGCGCACUUGAUUAG